AUUGUAAGAAUUAAAGUAUGUACAAUCCUUUCCAUUGAAAAUCUUAAAAUGUCGAGGGAAGAGAGACGUUCUUUGCUGCAUGAAACUGACACGGUUAAGCCACCAUUCGAUGACACGGAUACGCCGCCAGCAGGUGACACGGUAACGUUUCCAACUGACACGGUUACGCCACCAGCCGGUGACACGGUUGCGCCACCAACAGGCACAUUUACAACAACAACUAACAGCACGCAAACAUGCGUUUCACCGCCAGCAACAGAAUUCCGGAAAGCACAUGCAAUGUUUCUGCCUGUGACGUUAUUACUAUACGUCAGUGUAGGCAUAGGGUACUUUACUACACAACAAUGGAUUCAGCAUUACGUUAAGAUAAAACUGGGAUUUAAAAACGAUUCUAUGCCGGGCUGCAAUGCAUCUAAAAACUCUACGCGCUACAAAGACUUCCAUGAGGUUGAACGUCAGACGGCUCAGUGGAGCAUGUACGUGACGCUGGCGUCCAUGGUCCCUUCCUUUUUCGCGUCCGCUAUUGUCUCCUCUUAUUCGGACAGUGUGGGUCGGAAGUUCCUUUUUGUUCUAUUUUCCGGAAGCACCACGAUACGAUUAACGCUAUGUUCACUUGCCAUUUAUUUCAAAUGGGAUCUAAUAUGGAUUGUAGUGGCUAUUAGGUUGGACGGACUGUCGGGCUCAACCCAUACGAGCGGCUCGGCCGCUAUGGCCUACCUAGCUGACCUCACCUCCUCCGGACACCACAGAACAAUGGCGCUCACUAUGAACGACGGCUUCCAAAUGAUUUGUGUGACUUUGUCACUUGUUGUGGCUGGAGUGUUUGUCCGUCAGUUUGGAUUUCUACUUCCGAUGAUCGUCUGCGCGGGAAUGGCAUGUUUUGCCUUUAUGCUUACUCUUUGUUUUUUACCUGAAAGCCAUGGACGACAAAAUCGCUCAGAAGCGCAGUCAGUGUGUAGAACGUUAUUGCGAAUGACUGAUAUAUAUACCAGCAGAAGUUUUAAUCAAAAUAAAGCUCCAUAUCUCAUUUUAAUUUUCUGUUAUUUUUUUCAAGAACUUGUUGGAACACAUCGCACCAGUAUCGAAAUUCUUUACCAGCUGGGCCAGCCGUUCUGCUGGAGUGCGGACAAGAUCGGCGUGUUCUCGGCGGCUCGGCACGCCACCCAGGGUCUCGCGGGCCUUGUGUUCAUCGUUCCCCUGAAGCGGUGCAUGUCCGAGUCCUACAUUGCGGCAAUGAGCGCCUUCUUCAAUACGGGCUCUUUCAUCUUAGAGGCACUUGCAAAGAGCGAUAUCAUACUGUAUCUUGUUCCGGUACUUGCAACGUUUGGUUUCCUCGCAAUACCCAUGUUUAAGAGCCUGUUGUCUCGAAUGACACCUGCGGACAAGCAAGGUUCACUGUGUGCGAGUAUUGCGGCGAUGCAGUGCUUGUGCGGCGUCGUGGCCUCGUUCCUGUUCAGCCAGAUAUACCGAGCCACCGUGACAGUCUUCCACGGCUUUGUCUUCCUCAUCCUGGCAGGACUCGCCGGCCUCGUCCUCGUCCUUAUUGUUGUAUAUCGCAUAACCCAGUCCCCAGACGUGGAAGAUGAGGGGGACGAGAUGGAGAACGAUGUGUCUAUACAAACUGCGGAGCGAUAGUGUGUUUCUGGAUAUAGCCUGCGUUCUUAAGGAAUCUGACUAAUAACCAGCCAGUUCUCCGUUGAAUCUAUUAACCAUAAUGUUAAUUGUUGAUGCCUUGUAACCCAAAGUAAUUGUGUUAUCAUUUGAAAUGACAUUGCUUGCUGAUUACUUAUAUUGCAAUUGUUCAUGACCAAAAAAACUUGUUUGUUAUAUUAUAUUCUUUCUGAUUUUAGAUUUCCUUUUUCUGCACCUAUAACCCUUUCAAAUGAUACCAAAAUAUUGUGGGGUCACCAAGCAUAUAAAAUUCACAAGCUAGUGUUCCAUGUCGAUUAGACGUUAAAAUAUACUUAAACGACUAUGCGAAAAUCUAGGACAUUUCAAACUGUGUUAGACAGAUAAAAAGCUCGAGAAAGAAAAUGUUGGCAAAAAGUUCCAUUGGCAUUAAGUUCCAUUGAGGUUUUUUGCCAGUCGUGUAUAUAACUGUUUACUGUGUUAACUCUGUUUCUGUGCGUUUUGGUAUACUUGUACAUGAUGAAUGACUGAAUAAAACACAGAAACGCA